GUGGCAUCUCCAGAGGGUGCUGGUGCUGUCCCUGCGUGUCCCUGCGUGUCCCACUGCCAUGUGGCCGUGCCUGCUGCUCGCUCUUGCCCUGCUGGGCACUGUCCCUGCCAGCCACCAUGCUGUGCCCGCAGCCCCCCGGCAGCCCCAGGGGGUCCCCGCUGGUGACACCACCCAGCUGUACUACGCCGUGGUGACGAAGCUGCGCACCUACUCGGGCGCCCAGCGCUACUGCCAGGACGUGUACCGGGGCCGGCUGGCCUCCGUGCACAGCGCUGCCCGCAACCAGGAGCUGCAGAAACUGGCACAAACCUACCGCAUCAUCAUCGCACCCUGGAUUGGAGCUGUCACCAGCUGCAGGGUGAGGGCACUCUGGGGACAAGGGGCUGCCAAGGGGUGCUGGGAGCUGCUUUGGGGGCAGGCAGGGCAGUGGGAGUCCUACUGGGAGGACUCCAGCCCCUGGAACUACGCAAACUGGGCGCCCACUCACCCCUUCCACAUCGUCACCACCUGCACCACCCUCAGCGUCCGAGAUGGGCUCUGGCGAAGCCACUUCUGCUUCGAGCUGCGUCCUUUCAUCUGCCAGUACUGA